AACUGAUUCUUGAAGUUCUAUUAAAUGUAAUUAAAUGAACAAUAAUACUUUUAGAGAUGACGUUUUAAUAUUUUUUUCAUAAGAAAUGGUUAUAUUUUACGAUUUGGGGGGCUUCAGUCCGAAAGCCCCCCGUAGAUCCGCCCGUGGUUUAACAGAAAGUUGAGAUGGGUACGUAAUCAGUUGAAGAUGUAUUAGAAAGAAGCGUGCCCUUGGUCAGACAUAGCAAACACACUGAUUAUUUUUAGUUGUAAAACGGUGACGUCAGCGUUUAACACCUAUAUUUUUUUUUCUUAACUCGCGUUUAGUUUCCGUGGAGUGGUGUUCUCCGGUGCUGUUAGUUACAACAUGGUGAUAAAACCUUAUCUGGAGUGUUUUUAUCAGCAUUCCGAUUGUAAGAUUACUAAAGAUCACCUAGUUACCUAUUCAUUGCAGUCUUAUAGGCUCCUUAAAUAUGUUCGGGUCGAGGGAGUUCGUCAGAGUGAGUAUUAAUUUUGACUAGUCUAGUCCUAGUGAGAUUGUUGGAGUAGGUGUGUUUUGUGUCUUAAUCAACAUGUGGGGGCGUGUCAGCUCAAUGGAGGAUCUCUAUACCAAUAGUUUCAGCCAAUUUAUUAUUCUUUCUCAAAAGGAGCAGCGGACGUUAAAGUCUGGAGAUGAAUUUAAACAUGAAACCCAAAACAGGAGUGCAGUCAACAUGAGACUGCAGACAGAAUCAUAUACUGCAGAGAAGAAUACUGCACAACAACAAAAACAAACUAUCACAUCGACCGGUGUCGAAAAGCAUAUGGCACAAUCCACUCAUCAGAACAUUUCUUACUCCUCAGGAAUGACGAAAAAAUCAUCUUCCAUGAUGUCUUCAUCACAGUUUCAGAUGUUGAAUGGCCAAAAUCUGAAAAUGCUUGAAGAAGAAAGAAAGAAUGCAUCAUUGCAACCUGUCACUUUCGAAGAUUUAGAAAAACUCAGUGCUACUUCAUCACAAGCAGAAGUAGAAAAAGUUAAAGUAAAAUACACUCAGCAGCUAAUUAGUGAAAUUCAGCGACUAAAAGAUGGAAUGAAACCAGAGAAAAAAAUGCUCUCUUUAAAAAAUAUGAAUGAAAUGCUCCGUAAAGCUUGGGCGGUGCCUACGCAUGGCCAUGAUCUUGGUUCAUCACUUAGCAAUGCCCUUAGAACAAGCGGAGGGCUGGAACUUCUGCUUCAGGGAACUACAGAGCCUGAUAUGCAGUUCUCUUCAGCAUUAUUACUUGAGCAGUGCCUUACCACCGAAAAUAGAGAUUAUGUUGUUGCUCACGGUCUUGAAACUGUAGUUACAUCAGCAUGUUACUGUACAAAAAAUUCCCUUGAUGUUGACCACUGGCGUGUUGGAACUGGAAUACUCGAACAUUUGUUUAAACACAGCGAAGGUACUUGCAGUGAUGUAAUCAGGCUUGGAGGUUUAGAUUCUGUGUUAUUUGAAUGCAGAAAAAAUGAUAUUGAAACUCUCAGGCAUUGUGCCGGUGCACUUGCUAACUUGUCAUUAUAUGGUGGUUCUGAAAACCAUGAAGCAAUGAUAAAGCGUAAAGUUCCUGUUUGGCUCUUUCCUCUUGCUUUUCACACUGAUGAUCAUAUAAAGUACUAUGCAUGUCUUGCCAUUGCUGCGCUAGUUGCAAACAAAGAAAUAGAAGCAGCUGUACUGAAAUCCGGAACAUUAGAUCUAGUUGAGCCAUUCAUAACAAGUCACAAUCCAUCAGAGUUUGCAAACUCUAACUUAGCUCAUGCCCAUGGGGAAAGCAAACAUUGGCUGGAGCGAUUAGUACCUGUCCUUAGUUCAAAAAGGGAGGAAGCUCGUAAUCUUGCUGCAUUUCAUUUCUGUAUGGAAGCAGGAAUAAAAAAGAGACAAGGAAAUACUGGACUAUUUAGAGAUAUUGGAGCAAUAGAGCCACUUAAAAAAGUGGCAAGUUGUCCCAAUGCUAUUGCAUCGAAAUUUGCUGCUCAAGCCUUAAGACUGAUGGGGGAAGAAAUUCCUCAUAAACUUAGCCAACAAGUUCCUCUUUGGAGCAUAGAAGAUGUCAAAGAAUGGGUAAAACAGAUUGGUUUCCAAGAGUAUGCCAUAAACUUUAAUGAAAGUAGAGUUGAUGGGGAUUUGCUUCUACAGCUUACAGAAGAUAACCUUUCCGAAGAUAUUGGAAUAAAAAAUGGAAUUAGAAGGAAAAGGUUCACGAGAGAACUUCAAAACCUAAAGAAAAUGGCAGAUUACAGUAGCCGAGAUGUAACAAAUCUUAAUGAUUUGUUAUUGCACAUAGGACCUGAAUAUGCGAUAUAUACAUAUUCAAUGCUGAAUGCUGGUGUUGAUAGAGAAACGUUAAGAGGUCUAUCAGAUGAACAGCUGAUGUCAGAAUGUGGAAUAAUGAACAGUAUCCACCGAAUGAGAAUGCUUGAGACAUUCAAAGUGCAAAGAAGCUUUUUAGAAGAUUCCCAGGAAGAAAAUCUGGACAAAUCGUUAGAUGUGUUUAUUAGUUACCGAAGGUCAAACGGAUCCCAGUUAGCAAGCUUACUGAAAGUACAUCUUCAAUUACGAGGCUUUAAAGUUUUCAUUGAUGUCGAAAGGCUUGAAGCUGGAAAAUUUGACAAUAAUCUUUUGCAAAGCAUAAGGCAAGCAAAACACUUCUUGCUGGUUUUGACUCCUGAGGCUCUGGAUCGGUGUAUAGCUGAUGAUGAAUGCAAGGAUUGGAUUCAUCGAGAAAUUGUUGCAGCUCUUGAAUCAUCUUGUAACAUAGUACCCAUCACAGAUAAUUUUCAGUGGCCUGACGCUGAGAUACUACCUGAAGAUAUGAGACCUGUUUGCUACUUCAAUGGAGUGAGAUGGAUCCAUGACUACCAAGAUGCUUGUGUUGACAAGAUUGAAAGGUUCCUUAGAGGUGAAAGGCGGGGGGAUGGCACACCUGGUACCCCAUCAUUAAGCCACAAGCAACAACCUGCGUCGCAAAUCAGCGAGUCCCGCACAGGAGACGAACGCCUGGCAGAGGCCUCCUCAAAGUCCACGUGGUGGGAGAACAAAAGCGGGACCACCCCGCUCGCGGUCCGUAGAGGGGUUCCUGGAGUCGGCCCCCUCAAAAUCGGGGUCUUUGGAAACACUUUCAACAGCAAACAGUCUAAACAAAAAAAAGGGCUUAGUAGACCGCUGGACCAGCUCACUCAAGUUGCUAAUGAAGAAGUAAAGAAGUCACUGCCAGCGCCAAGUGGUUUUAUGAAUGCUGUAUUCACAGCCUGGCAUGCCAGUGAACAACAAGAUCUCACAACCACCUGUAAUUAAAUGUUUAUUAGGCCUUUUUCCAAAGUUUUAGAAACUUAAUAAUAAAACAACUAUUGAGUUAUGUAUUACUUGUAAAUUAUAAAUGUGUGGACAAACCCUAACAAUGCAACGAAUCGGAGGGUCACAAUCAAAUAACAUUACAUAAAUAAGAUAUAAAGCAUAAAGAACUUUUGUAUUACCAUUACUGAAGUAUUUGUUUCGCCUAAUGAACCUUUUACUCUCAUAAGUCUGUGUCUGAAUAGUAUUUAUUUUUUUUAUUGAAAAGUUGUUUGUCUUUAUGUCUUUAAUGUUUUUAAAUUUUUAUAUAUCUGUAAAUAAAUUUUUAUGUAUAUGUAUAUAUGGAACUGAAGCUUUAUGAUGUUAUUAUGUAUUAUAUUUGGAUUUGCGAUUAUGAGGAAUCUCAAUUUAUUACUGUUUUGUACAUAAUUGUAUUAUAAGUUUUCUUGCGGAUUAUACAUCAUGAAUUUUAUUGUUGUUUAAUAUCUAAAAUGUAUUUUUGUAUAUUUAUUUAAUUUAAUAAACCUAAAAGCCUUUUUAACUUGUUUAUAUUGAUUUGAUAUUCAGUUUGCUAUGUGAUAAUGUAUUUUAUUAGAUUAAACUAAUUCUUUUUUAUGUUAUUUAA